UGCGGAUUAUGUUCUCAUCUGGGAUUACAGAUGGCAAUUUUAAGACACACAGGCUUGAGGUUUUAAUGGCGAUGGGUUAAUACUGCGGAUUUAACUCUACUAUUUAAAAGCCUAUCCUCCAUGCUGCGGCAAGUACACUAUCAGACUGGCGGCGAGCAUUCAGGAUAAUUCACCCACUGCUGGGAGCACUUCUGUGAAACUUUUGCAACUUUUUCUGCGCUGCUUGGCUGGAUGGCGGCUGCACAGGUGGAGUGUGAUGCUGUGAGGGGACAGAAGCAGAUCCUAAACAUCAAGAGUUCAUCACAGCGGGGGCAAAUACAAGAACAACGCCCUUCUGAAACUGCACAAGUCAAACCUUCACAUUCAGGUACACACUCCAGGGAGUUGAUCCAUAGCUCGGACUACCACAUGCAACAGCGACCUUUUGCCGAUCAGCAGGUGUUAAUGGCGGCUGCAAAGUAUCAGGAGAUGAGAGGUUUUUCACAUCACGGCUCAGCGCCUCAGAUUUCGGUGACCGAGAGCACCCCGGAUAUGAACAGGAAGCCGCUCUUGCUGCCGGGCAACCAGCUCCAGGUCCCCUUGGAGCAAGCCUAUGCCACCUCCAUCAAGGCACAGUCACCUGAGGAGCAGCAAAAGUUAAUGAACGUCAUCCGCCAUAGCCAGCGUGGAUGCACGGAGGACAAGUGCUGCUCCAUGGAUCCAAGUCAGAGUGCCCCCUGCACUCCCAGGCACACUGAUAGAAAACCUCUUGAUGAUACAUGCAACAAAGAUGCUGAAAAGUUCUUCAACUUACUGGCCAACACUCAGAGUCGGCGUCUCGAUGACCAGCGGGUGUCUCUCCCGUCGCUGCCCGGCAUAGACAACAAGGAUCCUCAAUCUGCCUCAGAUUCAAGCUACUUGUGCUACAUGGUCUCCAAAGUUCAGGGGAGCAGAAUGGAAGACCAAAGAUGCUCCCUAUCUCAAAUCCAGCCUGCAGAGGAGGGACAGUCAUCCAAAAAGGAUAACGCUGCUUCAGGCAUUUCACGCUCAGCCUCCUUCAGUCCAGGUUCAGACAUAGAACGCCCCGAUGUUCAGAAGUCCCCCAUAAAGGACUUGCCUCCAGCUGAGCUGGACCAUUUCCUUACUUUAAUGAGUCACGCCCAGCGAGGGCGGAUGGAGGAGCAGAGAUGUGUCCUGAAUGUCAGUCCCCAGACUACCCCUAAGCAUAAACCCACCCAGAGCACUGCACCCACAGGCCCAGAAUCCGACCAGUUCUUCAACAUGCUGGCCCAUUCCCAAGCCAAACGUCUGGAUGAUCAGCGCGUGUAUCUUCCAUCUCUGCCGGGCAUCCAGAACGGAGGCAAGGCCAAUGCAGCAGGAGCGGAUGCAAGCUAUUUGUGUUACAUGGUCUCCAAAGUACAGGGCUCCCGGCUUGAUGAUCAGAGAUGUUCUGCACCUCAUAUCCUGCAAAAUUUGAGCACCCCAACCACUCAGCGCAAAGACUAUAACACUUCAGAAGCAUCAGAUAAAACUCUAAAGAGGUCAGGCUCCAUAAACCAGGACAAAAGUGAUCAUCAGCAGCAGAUAUCUCCGGCCGAGCAGCAGCAAUUUUUAAAAAUGAUGAAUCAUGCUCAGAGGGGACGCAUGCAGGACCAGCGUUGCUCUUUGACGCAAAGCAGAAGCACAACUGCCUCGCCCAAACAUAGUGGCAGCUCCUCAAAUGAAGUAGCAGCAGGUGCAGAAGCAGACGCGUUGUUUUGCAUGGUGGCCAGCUGUCAGGCUCGCAGGCUGGACGACCAGAGAGUCGCUCUUCCCUCUCUGCCGGGGAUCAGUGGGAUGACGACAGAGGGAAAACACGAAAGGAGUCAUGCAAAAGCUGGAAAUCCAGUUUGUGCACCACACAUAACUGUGGCGGAAAGUACACCACCGAUAUCUAGAAGAGACAACUCCAGACAUCCUACCUCUGAACUGGGCUGCAGCUUGACAAAGUCAGCAUCCUUCAGCACUGAGACAGAAUACCAGAAGACGCUUAAUUCCACAUCUCAGAUGACUGUGAAGGUGUCAAUGAGCUUCACACCACAGAUGGGGCAUAAGAAAUUCAACCAGCCUUGUGCGUUCCCAGAGGUCUACCUCACUCUCGGAGCUCCAGGAGAAAAUCUUGUCAUCCCUCUGAGCCCAAAGCCCGGAAGACCUCUGGCUUUGAACCUAAACCUCAUCCCCAAAGAAGACGUCAAGUCCACACACGGCUCGCCCAGGAAGCCCCGCUCGAGACCGUCAUCUCCCCAGCCCAAAGCUGCUCGUAAGGCCCAGGGCGGGUCUGCGGCGAGCCCCAUCAGUCCGCAUGAAGACUGCUUCUCAGUGAUCGAGAAGGUCCACACUGCACAUCUUCAAAUGGGGACCACUCAAGGGGGACACAAAUGCAAAGGGGAUCCAGCCAAAGGGAGGGGGAAUGGAAAAGUGGGUGGAAAGAAGGCUCAGAAGGAUGGUGGAAAUAAACAUUAAAUGCUGCAUUCAUCAUAGUAUAGGGCCAAAUCAUAAAUGUCACUCACAGCUAAGAAACAUUUUGUGUGACAUUGGAAAUUAAUUGUAGUUUAACAGUCUAUUUAUUUAAAAAUAAUUUUGUUUCUGUUAAACACACAUUCCACUCCUCCCAUCCAUUUUCCAUACUGCUUGUCCUCGCCAAUGGGCCUAACAUGCAUGUUUUUGGGAUGCGAUAGGAGCCAGAGUAGACCUACAGUUUAUACUAAAUAUAAUACUGUAUUUUACACACACACACACAUACAUUUGACAAAUUAGAAACUUCCUGAAAAUAAAGAAAAUGGCUAAAAUAAAAGCACAGUUGUAGAAAACCACAAUGUAUUGUAUGGGGUCAAAGGCUUUGGGGAUUCUGGAUUGGGUCUGGGUUGGUUGUUGACAAGGCCAUCCAUCCAUCCAUUUUCUGUACUGCUUGUCCACACUAGGGUCGUGGGUAUGCUGGAGCCUAUCCCAGCUGUAUUCCUUCGAGAGACAGGGUCCAUUCUGGACUGGGCGCCAGCCAAUCGCAGGGCACAUAUAGACAAACAACCAUUCACACUCAUAAAUCUAGGCAAUUAAGAGUCUAAAAUUACAAUAAAAUAUUUUAAUUAUCUUAUAGUCUACUUUUUUAAUAUUUGGAAAAAAUAUAUUUUUGAUUGGCAUCUUCCUUGGUAUUUACAAAUAUUUUAUAUUGCUGACUUUUUCUGAAAGAUGACAUUCCUCCUGUUAAUAUUGUGCUCUGAAAUACAUUUUGCACAUGGAGUGUAUUUUUGUUUGUUUUUUAAAUGGCAUGCAUGUAUUUUGAAGGCUAUUUUUAAAUAAACUAGCUUGCUUUUA